UUCAGCUAAUCAUAUAUUUGAUCAGUCUAUUCAAAUAAAUUAGACAUGCUCAGAAAAUACACAAAAUUUGGUCGGAAUAAUUCAUUAAUAUAAUCACCUGUUCUUAGAAUCGCCAAAACAAUGAUACAAUGAGCAUAUUACCCGAAUGAGUGAAUAGUGUAGUAAAUAUAAAAAUUGACCGAACUUUAUACGGCUUUAUAUUGUUUUUGUGGCCUAAUCAAAAUUAUACUAUUGGUUAGGGUUUUUGCUUUUAUCGUUUGGCAAAAAUUGUCACAAAAAAUUUGAGACCAUUGAUGCUUUGACUUCACUGUGAUGUACACCUCAAAACUCCAUUUCUAUAGCACAACUGUAAAAAGCUGAUUCGAAGCGCACAAGAAUAGAAUCCUAUGCCGGAAAUGAAAAUUUGGGAUACAAGGAGUAUUUUUCAUCUCAGACAAGGCUCAAUUGUUGAAAAAAAAAAUCCGGAAAUCAAUUGAUUCAAUUGUUUGUUGAUCCGGAAAUCGUUUCGUGGAAUUGCCUUUCCCAUUCAAAUCUUAAAACAAUUUAUUAACUACUUGCGAAUGGAGGUUCAAUCAUAUCGUGUCGCGACAAACAUUUCAUUUCUUCGGCUGUCUGUAGACUCAUCACACAUUUUUUAUGGUAAAAGUUCCCCAAAAACUGCUGACCGAGCAAAUAUUGAAAAAAAAGGAAGCGCACGAAGCAAUAAUUUCUUACAUUUAAAUGUGUUGUGCGAAUAAGCCGGAAUCAGUGCCAUAUUCGCAGUCGCGGCACAAAAAAGCUCUCAGCUCUCCCAUCCAUCGGAUUUCAAAUGGAACAGAAAUACAGAAAAUUUUCCGUAAAUAAGAGGACGAAAAAAGCGAGAAAUUAGAGGCAUGGCCAUCGUAAGCAACUCAUAGCUGCUUUGAAGGAAGUACAAAACAUUGAGAAAAAAAGCUCUAUAACCAUACAUGAAGGCCUUUCUGGUGAUUUUUUAUUUCUUCGUUCUCUUGAACUGUUCCAUUGUAUCUCAAUAUUGUUCGUAUGAUGGCCAGCCAUGCGAGUCUCCAGAAGAUUGCUGUGGCGGCUUUUGUGCAGACGAUGGGUUCUGUGGUGAAUGCAACACAGACGAAGAUGCAUCCUGUUCAUCUAGGUGCUGUGACGGUUACAAGUGUAAUGAAUUCGAAGAUAUUUGUGUCCCAUGCAACGGAGAUGACCAACCCUGCGAGUCUCCAGAAGAUUGCUGUGGCGGCAUCUGUGCAGUCGAUGGGUUUUGUGGAGAAUGCAACAGUGAUGAGCAGCCCUGUUCACCUAAGUGCUGUGACGGUUACGUGUGUAAUGAAUUCGAAGAUGUUUGUGUCCCAUGCAUAGCAUCAGGCCAACCGUGCGGUCCAGAUGAUCUUUGCUGUUCGGGGACCUGUCCAGCUUAUGGAGGAGAUUGUCCCUGAAUAAUCAUUAUUCAUUCUAAACUGAUGAUAAAUGUUCCUUUUCAAAUUCCCAAUAAAAUAUUUGCAUUCUUUUGAAUUUGGAGAAAUCUUUAAACACGUUCUAUUUAUUCAUUUAUUUACAAAUUCAAGUACUGAUUGAAUAUUUGAGUUGUAAUUGGUGAUAUUGUUCGAUAUUCCCUUCGAUCAAACGCUUCCGAUUUUAUCAAUAUGCACAGCAUAAGUUGGCAGCCAUACAACGUUGAUGAUACGUUAAAUUCGUUGUU